AUGACAGAUGGCAAGAAAAAAAUUUGGGACAUCAAACUAAGUUACAAAUUCCAAAACAGAGGCUGCGCAGGAAUAUUCGCCAAAAACUGCGAGAAACUAAUUACUCAAUUAUGCACGUUUGACGAUAACGCUAUGAAAAAUGGCUUUAUGAGAACAUUAGAUUUAUUACCCUCUUUUCAAGGUUCAGGUGUUGAUGUUAUGCUCGAUUCUUGCGAUUCUUAUUCAUCAAUUAGAGAUUGCUUCAGCCAUGCAGGAUCAGGCAGUACCAUUUUAAGUUAUGGACACAAUGAUACCAUUAUAUCUCAAAUUGAAAAUACUACUUGUAAAGUCUUAUCCGUAAAUGAAGGUAAAACCAGGGGCUCUUUUGCAAAAGCUUCAAAUAUAGCAGAGGGUAACAUCACUUCUGAUGUACCAUCACCAACUCUAUAUACUUACAGAAGAACCUUAAACAUAACGAGAGUAAACUAUUCAACAUCGGGUAAAAUACCAUCAAAACUUUUCAAUUUUGAGACAGCCACACAAACUACAAUGACAGGAAAUGCUAAAACCAAUGUAAUUACACCCAAACCAACAUCACAAACUCCAGAACCAACUUUUAACGAGAGUGUGAACUACACAUAUAUAUUAACAAACGUUACAAAGUUUAUCAACUCCGAAACCACUAUUUUAACAAACAUUACGACAGUUUCCAAAGCCAGUAAUAAUGAAAGGACAUACGCAAUAACAGAAUCAUACAUCAUUACGUUCACUUUAGUUCAGACUAAUACUCUCAUUCAAAUUAUUGAGAUUUAUCAAGCCGAAGCACCAGUUUCCAAAGGCCCGUCACUCGGUUUCAUCAUUGGUAUAACUGUUGGCUGCUUACUCAUUGUUUUGAUCUUAUCCAUGCUCGGUCUAUAUCUCUAUAGAAAGUCCAAGAAUGAUACAUCAUCUCCAUCUGACCAAGAAACGGAGGAGAUGGAAGAACUCGAGAAGACCAAUGCUAACUACAAUAUAUCCACAACAAUUGUGGAUGCUGAUGGAAAUGACGGUGUAGAAGCACCUGGCGAAGACGAGAAGUUCUUGAAUGCCGACUUCUAA